AUGGCAAGAACCCAUUCAGAGUCCUCCGAGGACUUUGAGUUCAUCGAAACUCCUCCUGCGCCCGCAUCUCCUGUCCCUGAGGACUGUGGAGUGAGGACAACAUCGUUUCCUGCCAUCAAAAAUGCCCCCCUUCCAGCAGACUCUGCCGGCAGUGACAGCUUCUCCAAUGUCCUCUUGAUCAUCCUUUUGAUCGGUGUCCCGUUCUACAUUGCUCGCCAAUUCCGCGGUGGCUUGUACACCACCAUUUUCUUCGCCAUCUUCACCACAAUCCCUAUUUUGAUGGUCUUCUGGACUGUUGCAUCCGCAGCUUCUCCCCGCAAGAAUGAAAAGGCUAAAUACCCCGGUCGCCCCGUCGAGCACUACUUGGAAUUCCACAGCGAGCAUGAUCGCGUUAAAUACCAUGGCAAGAGCAAGAUUCCUAUGACCACCUUCUUCGAGAAGUACUUUGAUGGGGAUGUUGACUUCAAGGGUGAUGCUUUGGAUAUUCUUGAGUACCGACAUGACUGGGCAAGCUUCCGUUUCACCUGGCAAUUGUACAAGCAUUUCUUGACUGGCUUCCUCCCGGAAAUGCUUAUUCACUCCCGCUCUCAAGAUGAGGAACAGGUUCGUGAUCACUACGACCGCGGUGACGAUUUUUACGCUUGGUUCUUGGGUCCUCGUAUGAUCUACACCUCUGGUAUCAUCAGCGACAUCAACAAGGAAGAGACGCUUGAGGAGCUCCAGGACAACAAGUUGUCUGUUGUCUGCGAGAAGAUUGACCUUAAGCCUGGUGACACUAUGCUCGAUCUCGGUUGCGGUUGGGGUACCUUGGCCAAAUUCGCUUCUGUUCACUACGGUGCUCACGUUACUGGAAUCACCCUCGGCCGCAACCAAACCAAGUGGGGAAACAAUGGUCUUCGCAAAGCUGGUAUUGACGAAUCUCAAAGCAAGAUUCUGUGCAUGGACUACCGUGAUGCUCCCUCUAUCACUGGUGGCUACAAGAAAAUUACUUGUCUCGAGAUGGCCGAGCACGUCGGUGUCCGUCAUUUCGGUUCUUUCCUUUCUCAGGUCUACGACAUGCUUGACGAUGAUGGUGUCUUCUUCCUUCAAAUCGCUGGUCUCCGUAAAUCAUGGCAGUACGAGGAUCUCAUCUGGGGUUUGUUCAUGAACAAGUACAUUUUCCCUGGUGCCGACGCUUCUACUCCUCUUGGUUUCGUUGUCGACUCUCUCGAAGGUUCUGGAUUUGAAAUCAAGAGCAUCGACACCGUUGGUGUCCACUACUCUGCUACUUUGUGGCGCUGGUACCGCAACUGGAUGGCCAACCGCGAGAAGGUUGAGGCCAAGUAUGGCAAGAGAUGGUUCAGGAUCUGGGAGUACUUCUUGGCUUCCUCUACCAUCACCUCCCGCCAGGGUGGUGCUACUUGCUGGCAAAUCACUCUUGUCAAGAACAUUAACUCUACUCACCGUGUGGAGGGUAUUCCCUCCCAAUACGGCCUUGCUGGAGCUCGCCAGGCUGCCAUUGACCAUGUUGGACAUGGGAAGCUGCCUAGCGCUCACGUUUCUACUAAGGAGUAA